CGUCUCCUGAAUGGCCAACAACACAAAUGUUGUCAGUUAGCUUCAGAUGCACAUUUGAUUCUGUUAUUUCAUAUUUCCAAGGUGUGCGAUGAUAAGCAUUACUAAUGAUGUUUCUCAUUAAUUUCAUUUAUUGCUUUAAGUAAUUAAAUGCCUUUUAAUGAAACAGAAAGUGCUGUAAAUCAAUCUUGUAAAAAAAAAAAGUAUAUUUUUUUUAUGGAGUUAUUUGUAAUUUUUUUUUUUAACAAUCCCAGGCAGGGCUAGGCUAAAUAAAUGAUAGCUUCAGCCGUUAUUGUAGUGAUUGGGGCUCGCAUGGUGAAUUCACCACUUUUUAAAAGAGAUUACUAUUUGUAGGCAUCCACACCAAAUUCUUUAAUUUAGUUUUUAUUUUGCCUACAAAUUUAAAAAUAUCUUUUUAUUAAUAAAUUUUGAUAAUCUUUUUAUUUUUUCAUUAUUAACUUAUACUUAUUAUAUUGUGCUUAAACUAUUAGGCUUGGUUCAGAGUAGAUUAUUUUAUUUUUAUUACCAUAGGCAGGUAGGUGUUAAGUAUGUCCUAUUAAUUAUAGGCCUGACUAACUUAACUAGUAACAUUGUUGACUAUGUCUAAGAAAGCACCUAGUCCUAGUCCUGGGCUUGGCUUAGGCAGGCUUAACUAUUUAGGCUAACUCAGUAGACACAAGUUGAAUUUAGUCUUAGAUUCAAACAUAUUUAUUUAGCUUUAAAUUUGAAUAUAAAACUAAAUAAAAAAUCCACAUUGAAUUCAUUGAUAUUUCAUAAUUAUGUUUUAAAAUAGACCCCAAUCCUAUUGUUAAUAAUAGUUAUAUAAGCAAAGCCUAGUAAUAAAACUAUACUAACCUUGGCAUAAAUAUAUUAAUUAAUGAUUAAGUCAGUAGCAUAUUUUUUAUUAAUAUUAUUUAAGUUGAAUGAUUAUGAUAAUAGUAUUAAUAGUAAAUAGUCAGUAUAAAUAAUUAUAGCUACUACUACUAAGAGUCUAAGAGUGCUUACUGUCUAAAACCUAGACCUAUACUAUAGCCUAAAAUAAUUUAAUAAAUAUAGUCUGUCUUUGCCUUACUUUCCCUUUUCUAUCUGUUAUUAAUUAUUAAAUUAAGAUAAUUUUCAAAUUUGUAUUACCAAUAUUAUAAAAUGGGAGCUAUUUAUUUUAACCCUAGCCAUGUCUCAAAACUCUAACCAUAAUUCAUAUUCAUUGACCUUUUAAAAAGUUGAAUUAAAAACAUUUGCAGCCCUAUUUUCUAUAGUUUACACUCGCCACUUCAUCCUUCCCUGUCCUCCAGUCUCAUCGUUGCUUCAACCAUCUCCCAAUUUUAUCACUCCUACUUUCCCAAACCAAUUUAUUCUCCCAACUCAACACACAUUCCCCCCUCUUAAUUUCCCAUUCUACUCAGCCUUAAACAAUAUAUUUUCACCCAGAGCCAUUGUUUGGCUUUGGAAUUCCCUCUGCUACUUUUUGGUUUUUGUUACACAAUCAAUUUAAAAUACUUUAGGCUCUUUAAAUAUUUAAAUUAACGCCAUCAACUUGUAAGACAUACGGUGGGCGACAGGGGCUUCCUAAUAAAAUUUUGUUUCUAAAUAAGGCUCCACGAGUCAAAAGGGUUGGGAACCACUGGUAUAUAUUAAUGAUAGCUUACUAGCAAGUUUUUGAUUACCUAUAGCAGCUUUGCCUCUGGAAAUAAUAAUUGUAUGUUUUGUUAUAUUUUCAGGGAUAUUCAUACUGUCACUUAGUACUUAGUUUACCAAUUUUAAAAAAUUUCUAUAAGAAAUGCAGUGUUAUCAAGAAUUUGGUUGUGUGUCUUCAUGUCAUUGUCUAGGGUAUGAUUCUUACAUGGUGUGUCUUCAUGUCAUUGUCUGGGUAUGAUUCUUACCCAUGUACACUUGAAUAACACUUGAUGUAAAGUCUAUCUUAAUUAAAAUUAAUUAAUGUUUAUUGACUUCUACUCUGAUUUAACACAGUUCGCCUGUUAGUAAUGUAAUUUCUGCUUACAAACGUAGCCAAAGAACUAGACCUACUGACGGGAUCACUGAUGACACUACUACGUUCAGUGUUCCUACUCUCUUGCUCUCACCUGACUACUACUACUAGCCCUUAAGUAUACCCCUAUUUAUAAUUUCAACUCCCUCAGUCUCCUCUGCACUAAUGACUACUACUGCUAGACCUUAAGUAUACACUUAUUUAUAGUAUCCCUCUAUUUAUAGUAUCCCUCUAUAGUAUCCCUCUAUUUAUAGUAUCCCUAUGCUCAAAGUCCGCAUUCAGGCGCCCUAACUCUCACUGUUCUCAUUUUUAACAAAGACUCUCAGGGAUUCUAACACCGGGACAUAACUAAAUGGCAAAUUAUUUAUUAAAUAUAAGUUUAUCAAGUUUAUCAAGCCUGUAUAUUUUGUAAAAGAAUUUUCAUAUCAAACUAUUUUUUGCGUUCUACAGUUAGUACACAGUGUGAGGUGCUUAGACCAGUGGCUCCCAACCUUUUUGACUCAUAGAGCCCUUUUAAUGAUAAAUUUCCUGUGUCUUACAAGUUAAUAGUGUUUGAAAGUUUCCUGGAGUGGCCGCUGAGUUCCUGAGAAAUAUACAGGCUGGGAACCACUGGCUUAGACAGUUAAACGUGAUUAAAGUUUUCUUUUUUCCCCCUUGCCGAUCUGACUUUACAAAUAUUUUUAGCUAUUAACGAGUGGCCAAAUAGAUGGUUAGUAAUUAUUGGCAGAUAGUUUAAAUCAUGCACUAAAAACAUAAUGUUACAGGAAUCUAAGGUGGAGCUCCAGGAUUUACUAGGUUGUUACCAGCGCUAACCUAUCCUGUUGUCGUAUUGUGGGUCAGCUGACCAGUAAACAGAAGGACACAUCUUUGCCAAAUAACAUUGCCAUAAGCGAGCUGCUAGACGAUAUAAAUAAGUUCUUUAUUACAAAAGUUAUGAAGAUCAAGGCGAGACUUGACAUUUGCACCUAUGCUCUCGAAUUCUUGCGGAACUCCUAUGAGCGAAUUUUGGACCUCACUGAAUCGCAUGUGAAGAAAAUCCUGGUUGACUCCCAGAAAAAGUCAUGUUUGCUCGACCCUCUUCCAGCAGGGUUGUUUUACGAAUGUUUGGAUGAAAUAGUCCCUAUCAUAACUAGUAUCAUAAAUCAGUCUUCGAAAACUGGGAUUGUUUCAUUCUCUUUUGAAGAGGCGGUUGUGACUCCACUACUAAAGAGAGCAAAUCUCGACCAAAUGUGUUAUUGCCCUGUCUCAAAUCUACCAUUUGUAUCCGAAAUUUGAGAAAAAGUCGUUCUCCGCCAGCUCCUGAACCACCUCACUUAGUGUGACUUGUUUGAGCUUUUCCAGUCAGCAUACAGGGUGCAUCACUCUGAGACUGCCCUGUUGUGCGUCGUAAAUGGCCUUCUGUCAUCUUGUGGUGAGGGCAAGGUAUCUCUUUUGUUGUUACUUGAUAUAUACUCAGCGUUGGAUACACUUGACCACGGCAUACUUCUCCAACGUCUGCAAAUAAGAUUCGGUUUCACCGAUACAGUCCUGAGAAGGUUCCACUCGUAUCUGACAAAUCGGGUCCAAUCAUUUAUUGCGAACGGCUUAACCUCGAAGCAAUCAAUUAUCAAAUUCGGAGUACCCCAGGGCUCGGUCUUAGGCCCGGUGCUUUUCACCAUGUACGUUCAGCCCCUGGGUGCAGUAAUCAAGCAGUUUGAUAUGCUAUAUCGCUUGUUCGCGAAUGAUACCCAACUUCAGCAAUCCAUGAUCCCCUCUCAGUUCCCUCAACUUCUUAGUAUGACACAGAAGACAGUGGAGUCAGUUAAGCACUGGAUGAACAUAAACAAGCUCAAAUUGAAUGAUCAGAAGACCGAGCUGAUCCCCAUUCUUACAGCUCAAAAGCUAAAAUCUGUAAAUAACACACCAUCCCUUACUAUCUCAAGUAUACAGAUUGAGUUUGUUCAAACAGUGCGAAACCUGUGUGUCUUCUUAGACAGAACACUAAAUGUGGAAAAUCCAUUAAUAUGCUUUGGAUGGCGAUUUUUAUAGAGCUGCGCAGAAUUAGUCAUAUCAGACCUUUCUUAACGUUUGAUGCAUCAAAGAAGCUGAUGUCUGCAUUCGUGCUAUCGCACAUGGACUACUGCAAUGCUCUCAUGGUGGGUCUUCGACCAGCUACGCUCCUGGAUAAAAUGCAAAAGCACAGAAUAAUGUGGCUCGCAUUGUUCUUUGUAAACGCAAAUUCGGCCAUGCUAAAACACUUCUGUGAGAGUUGUAUUGGCUGCCCGUCCACGCUCGCAUAGAGUACAAAAUUGCAACUCUGAGCUACCGCUGCUUGCAUGACAUAGCACCGUCCUAUCUCAAAGCGCUAAUGACGACUUAUGUACCCACUAGACAACUCCGCUCAUCCGAUAGUGGCAAACUCUCAAUACCACGUGUUCGCCUUGAGACUUACGGAAGGUGCCCUUUCACAUUUGCUUGCCCAACAAUUUGGAACGCACUUCCUGUCGCUCUCAGAAACAUCCAGACGCUGGAGUCUUUCAAAACCGAUUUGAAAACACAUCUAUUUCGCAAACACCUGCUGGGGUGAUGUUGUCUACCAUCUUUUCAAGCAAGCUAUUAUCUCCUAGAUGUAUAUUGGCAUGUGUUGUUUAUGGUUGCAAGGGAUGAAAGACUUUAAAUAGGUAUUCUCGUAUGUAGUUUUUGUAAUGUUGCGUUUUGUAUUUCAAUGUGGUAUAAUAUAGAUUUUUUUCAUUUCUCUUUUAAUAUGGUUGACUUUGUACAGCGCUUCGAGCCUUUGGGGAUGAAGCAUGAUUUUCAAAUAAACUUUAUUAUUAUUAUUAUUGUCCAUUGAUUCACCCACAAUGCGUUAACUGAUGGUAACUGAUACUUUUACUUUAAAGGGAAUAUCAUUCAACAAAAAAAAAAUUUAAGAGAGCUUAAAAUUUUACAAUCUUUUAAAAAAAAAAUCUAAUUACACAAAAUGUAAAUACAUUUUCCAUGUAAAUAAUUUUUAAGACUAUUAUUUGCUCUGCCUUAAAAAGUCACAACUUUUGGUAUUUCAAGAGUUCCUUUCAGUUGACUAUAACUAUAAGAGAAACUAAUGUAUUCACUUUCAAUUUCUUUGCAGAUGGAGACUAGAAUGCUGGCAACUAGUAGCCUCAAUUUGGGCCGGUAGAAGUAUAAUAUACAAAUUGAAAUGGAUUGUUCCUUCUUCUUCAUCACAAAUACAUAUAAAUAUAUUUAAAAAUGGACUCAACCAGAUUCUGACAAAGUGGAUUAGAGUCAUGGUAUUCUAGGCAAAAGCCCUUAAAAUGGACAAGGGUGGAUCACACACUAAAAACCUAGUUGCCGGUCAAGAGAAUGUCAAGCAUGGAAGAAUUGCAACAUUUUUAGAUGACCAUCGAGCUGGAGAACUGGCUGGAUACACCCACAAUACUGAGGGUCAAGAGAGACAUGCGAUGCCCGAGUCGAGGACCACUGAUAUUGGUAGCGGUGAGAAAGUUAGUUAUGAAAAUAUCCAUUCUUUUCAUGCGCCCUCAGAGCAGAUGGCCGGGUUGGCCAACUCAAGUUCACCUCAUCCGUGGGCUCAGACAUCUGGGAAAAGAGAUCCCCAGUGUGAAAGUUUUGACAGCACAACCAUUUCAAUUCAUCAUGAACGGAUAAGCGCGGCCAAGUAUGGCGGGUCUUUCAGUGUUAAAGAGCACCAGAUGGCAGCAUCAACUUCCUCACCCAGCAUGAGUUCUGCUGCUCAGUUGGUCACCAUCAGCUCCACAGCCCACCAAAACAACAACAACGUAGACAAGACGGACACCAUCCCGAGCUAUACGCAGAGAACUUCACACAUGCCACAGUCAAGUCAAGGGCUGCAAUCCAGUGGACCCGCACAGCUGUACUCAUCUAAGAAUGCCACAACUUCUUUACCUGGGAAACUCAAUCCUGGCCAUCCAAAUCCUGCGGUUUACACAUCACAGGGCAAUCCACAGACGAUGGCACACACAUCACAGGGCAAUCCACAGACAACGGCACACACAUCACAGGGCAAUCCACAGACGGUGGUGUACACCUCACAGGGCAAUCCACAGAUGACGGCACACACAUCACAGGGCAAUCCACAGACGGUGGUCUACACCUCACAGGGCAAUCCACAGACUGCGGUGUACACCUCACAGGGCAAUCCACAGACAUUGGUGUACACAUCACAGGGCAAUCCACAGACUGCGAC